AUGGCGGCACCUGAGAAGAUGAUGUUUUCCGAGAAACAGAGCCACAGAAAGUACAGGGCCGCCUUGAAGAAGGAGAAACGAAAGAAACGUCGGCAGGAGCUCGCUCGAUUGAGGAACUCAGGACUCUCACAGGAGGAGAAGGAGAAGGAGAAGGAGAAGGAUGCUUUUACUGAAGAAUGCCAACUAGAAGAGAAGCUGUUGGAGAUAGAGAGGCAAAAGUUACAUGAGGAGUGGUUGCUGAGAGAGCACAAGGCACAAGAAGAAUUCCAAAUAAAGAAGGAAAAGGAAGAGGCUGCUAGAAAAUGGCAGGAAGAACUGGAGAAAAAGUUAAAGGAAGAAUGGGAAGAACAGCAGAGAAAAGAGAAAGAAGAAGAGGAGCAGAAACUCCAGGAGAAGAGAGAAAGAGAGGAAGCUGUGCAGAAGAUGCUGGAUCAGGCUGCAAACAAGUUGGAAAAUGGUAGCACAUGGCAAAACCCAGAACCUCCCUUAGAUGUAAGAAUAAUGGAGAAAGAUCGAGCUUAUUGUCCGUUCUACAAUAAAACAGGAGCAUGCAGAUUUGGAGAUAGAUGUUCACGUAAACAUUAUUUCCCAGCAUCGAGUCCCACCCUUCUUAUAAAAAGCAUGUUUACAACAUUUGGGAUGGAGCAGUGGAGAAUGGACGACUACGACCCCGAUGUAAGCCUGGAGUACAGUGAAGAGGAAACGUACCAGCAUUUCCUGGAGUUCUAUGAUGACGUGCUCCCUGAGUUCAAGAACGUGGGGAAAGUGAUUCAGUUCAAGGUCAGCUGCAACUUUGAACCUCAUCUUAGGGGCAACGUGUAUGUUCAGUAUCAAUUGGAAGAAGAAUGCCAAGCAGCCCUUUCUCUGUUUAAUGGACGGUGGUAUGCGGGACGACAGCUGCAGUGCAAAUUCUGCCCUGUGACCUGUUGGCAAAUGGCAAUUUGUGGUUUAUUUGAGACCCAGCAGUGUCCAAGAGGAAAACACUGCAACUUUCUUCAUGUGUUCAGAAAUCCUAACAAUGAAUUUUGGGAAGCUGACAGAGACAUGAACCUGUCCCCAGAUUGGACUAGCUCAUUCUUUGGGAAGAAUUCAGAUAGGAGAGAGAGGAUGGGCCACCAUGACGACUACUAUGACAGGCUGAGGAUUAGACGAAGCCUUAGUUCAGACCAUUCCUACAAAAGAAACUGGGAGUCUAAGAGGAAAAGUAGUCGCAGGGGGAAGAAAUCUCACAAGCGCAGGCCGAAAAGUCAGGAAAGGCACAGCUCCCGGGGCCGAGGAAGAAAGAGGGACUGCAGCCGCAGCCGCAGCCGCAGCCGCAGCCACAACCGGCGAAGUCGCAGCUGCAGUCUCAGGAGCCGGGGAAGUCGGACCCAGAGCCAGAGGAGCCGGAGCUCCUCCAGGUCCAGGAGCUGUGGUGGGCAGAGGUUGGGCAGUAGAGACGGAAAUAACCACAGUCUCAAAACCAAAUAA